AUGUCAACAACAAGAGCCAUACCAGCUCACGACUGGAGUGCGGCACAAUAUCUCAAAUUUGAAGAUGAGCGCACUCAACCAGCUCGUGAUUUACUCGCCCGCGUUCCUCUCCAGUCACCUAAGACAGUGGUCGACCUAGGCUGCGGACCUGGAAAUUCUACCACCGUAUUGGAGACUCGUUAUCCCAAUGCGCAAAUAAUAGGCAUGGACUCAUCACCGGACAUGAUACGCAAAGCCAAAGCCACCCACCCACAUCUAGAAUUCUCAGUUGGAGACUUGAAUUCGUAUUCGCCGCCAAAAUCAGUUGAUCUCUUCUUUUCCAAUGCCGUCUUCCAGUGGCUUGGUAAAGAGGAGCGGAUUAAUAUCAUCAGGCGACUGAUGGAAACACAGCAGUCUGGUGGUGUGUUUGCUUUCCAGGUACCAGAUAAUCUUACUGAACCAGUGCAUGCUCUCAUGCGGGAAGUCGCUCAGGAUGGACCUUGGGCCGCGACUUUGGCCACUGUCGGACGGGAUUCUAUCCAGACACCACAGGAAAUCUAUGAUCAGCUUAAGCCUAUCUCAUCAGCGGUUCAUCUAUUCCAUACAAGCUACUAUCAUUCGCUUGAGAGCCAUGAGGCUAUUAUUGAGUGGGUCAAGGGUACUGCCCUUAGGCCAUACGUUAACCCAUUGCAACCACUAGAGAAAGAGGAGUAUUUGCAGGAGUAUUUGGAACGUCUGAGAAAGGCAUAUCCGAAACUAGUCGACGGUCGAGUCUUGCUUCGCUAUCCAAGGUUGUUCAUGGUCGCCGUGAAAAAAUAA